AUGUCUGGCGAUUUGAGAAGAAAAAUCGCUUUGUCCCAGUUCGAGAGAGCUAAAAAGGUUCUAGAUAUGACUUUCCAAGAAGAUGAGGAUGAUGAAAAUGAUGGUGAUGCAUUGGGAAGCCUUCCAUCGUUCAAUUGUCAAUCAAAUAGAAACAGAAUUCGUACGGAUAAAACCGAUAAUAUUGCCGAUAGAUUUUCAAGUAAGGAAAAGAGUAGUUUGCCGAGUUGGAGGGAUUUUUUUGAUAACAAGGAGUUGGUAAGUCUUCAUGAUAGAGAUCUUAACGUAAAUACGUACUAUACAUUGCCUACCUCAUUGUUAUCAAAUACCACUUCAAUUCCCAUUUUUAUUUUCCACCAUGGGGCCGGCUCCUCAGGUUUAUCAUUUGCAAACUUGGCCAAAGAAUUAAAUACUAAACUAGAAGGAAGAUGCGGAUGCUUUGCAUUUGAUGCUAGAGGACAUGCAGAAACAAAGUCCACAAAACUCAAUGAGCCUAUGCGCUUUGAUAGAGACUCUUUUAUUGAAGAUUUCGUAAGCCUACUAAAUUAUUGGUUUAAAUCUAAAAUAAGCCAAGAGCCACUUCAAAGGGUAUCUAUUAUUUUGAUUGGUCACUCCCUUGGUGGAAGUAUAUGUACUUUUGCAUACCCUAAAUUAUCAACAGAGUUACAAAAGAAAGUUCUUGGUAUUACUAUGCUAGAUAUUGUGGAAGAGGCUGCUAUUAUGGCCUUAAAUAAAGUUGAGCAUUUUCUGCAGAAUACACCAAAUAUAUUCGGGUCAAUUGAUGACGCUGUCGAUUGGCACGUUCAGCACGCGUUAUCGAGAUUGAGAUCAAGCGCCGAAAUUGCUAUACCAGCUUUAUUUACUCCGCUUAAGUCAGGGAAAGUUGUCAGGAUUACAAACCUUAAGACGUUUAGCCCCUUCUGGGACACAUGGUUCACGGAUCUAUCGCAUUCCUUCGUCGCUCUACCCGUUAGUAAAUUAUUGAUAUUGGCAGGAAACGAAAACUUGGAUAAAGAAUUAAUUGUGGGGCAAAUGCAAGGUAAGUAUCAGUUAGUUGUCUUCCAAGAUUCCGGACACUUCAUUCAAGAAGACUCACCCACGAAAACAGCAAUCACUUUAAUUGAUUUCUGGAAGCGGAAUGAUUCUAGGAACGUAGUAAUCAAGACUAAUUGGGGUCAACAUAAAACCGUGCAAAAUACAUAA